AUGGUGACACCUUUACUGCCGGUACAUUCCCACAACCUAAUGAAAGCAUUGAACACCACCUGGAGUGCUAGAAGAGUUGUACAAUCUAACUGGGUGGAGAUAGGUGUGAAAGAUGUAAUUGAGAACGUAAUAGUGUUACUGCGCAAGGAUCCCGAAAAUAACGAGAUCAGAGCCCAAGCUGAGGGAUGGAUGCCAGAGUACGAGGAGAUCCGCCAUGCGAGCAAGAAUAUGACCGAGCGAGAUAAGAAGACCCGAAUGGAGUACUUACUGAGAAAGAUUGAGGGUAUGUUGCGUAUAUAUGCUGAGACGAGGGGGCAUGCUGAGGAGAUUCCUGCUUAG